GCGGGAAUGUGGGCUGGGGCGGUCCAGCCGCGGUGCCAGUCUCCAGCCUGCCGCCGGGUCUGCCCGUGAUCCAGGCGCGCCCGCCGCUCGGUGGCCGGAGCGCCGGCGGAGCGCCAUGGCCUGCAUCCUGAAGAGAAAGUCAGUGAUUGCAGUAAGCUUUGUAGCGGCAUUCCUCUUCCUGCUGGUUGUGCGCCUUGUAAAUGAAGUGAAUUUCCCAUUGCUCCUAAACUGCUUCGGACAGCCUGGUACAAAGUGGAUACCAUUCUCUUACACAUACAGGCGGCCCCUUCGGACUCAUUAUGGAUACAUAAAUGUGAGGACACAAGAGCCUUUGCAACUGGACUGUGACCUUUGUGCCGUAGUGUCCAACUCAGGUCAGAUGGUUGGACAGAAGGUGGGAAGUGAGAUUGAUCAGUCGUCUUGCAUUUGGAGAAUGAACAAUGCCCCCACCAAAGGUUAUGAAGAAGAUGUUGGCCACAUGACUAUGAUCCGAGUUGUGUCCCACACCAGUGUUCCUCUUUUGCUAAAAAACCCUGACUAUUUUUUCAAAGAAGCAAACGCCACUAUUUAUGUUAUUUGGGGUCCUUUUCGCAACAUGAGGAAGGAUGGCAAUGGAAUCGUUUACAACAUGUUGAAAAAGACGGUUGAUGUCUACCCAAAUGCCCAAAUUUAUGUGACCACAGAGAAGCGCAUGAGUUACUGCGAUGGAAUGUUUAAGAAGGAAACUGGGAAAGAUAGAGUCCAGUCUGGCUCUUACCUCAGCACAGGGUGGUUUACCUUCAUUCUGGCCAUGGACGCCUGUUACAGCAUCCACGUAUAUGGCAUGAUAAAUGACACCUACUGUAGGACAGAAGGGUACAGAAAAGUUCCCUAUCAUUACUAUGAACAAGGAAGAGAUGAAUGUGAUGAGUAUUUUCUACAUGAACAUGCUCCAUAUGGGGGACACAGGUUUAUCACUGAAAAGAAAGUGUUUGCUAAAUGGGCCAAGAAACACAGAAUAAUAUUUACACAUCCAAACUGGACAGUAUCUUGAUGUUGAAUGCAUAGUACUUACCAUUAUUGUGAUACUGCAACUGUGAUGUUGAUGAAGCAGAUGACGAUGAUGAUCAUGGUGAUUAGAUAAAGACAACAGCAAUGGUCAAGUUCCUGUAUAUUCUCUAGUGUGGAUGGUGGUUUUGCUAGCAAUCUGAACUUGGUAUUCUGUGGAAGGUAGCUGUACUCAUUCUGUUUCUUGAAGGUUCAACACUACAUACUGCACUUUAUAAUUUAAACUGGAAUUGAAAUGAAGGCCAGUAACAUGCCAACUGUGACCUAAGAAAUGGGAAAAGUAUCCUUCAAGAUAGCUGUCCAGGAUUCUUAUGUAGUUACCUCCAAAAGCCAUGGAUUUGGUAAGGUUAUUGAGUGCGUAGCCUCAUGAGUGUGGGUAACUCUGCCAUCUUGAAGAAUGGUUAACUGUCAAACACUGUCCCAAGAAAUGCUAUCAAGGCACAAGUAUCUUGCCACAGUUACUAGUUAGACUGAGGGAGAGAAGGUAUUUCCUUCUGAUAUACCUUAUUCCUUCAUUGCUUCCUAUAGCUAAAACCUCAGGCCAUUAUCUAGUUAAAGAUGAAGACUCCUGGAGGUUUUACACAUCAAGAUUACUUGACUAUUUCAAACACUUAAUUCAAAAUUUACCAAGUGACAAACCUUGAUGAAUUUCUACUGAUGAUUUCGUUGUUACUGCUCAAAACAAUAUGACUAAGUAUAUUAUUAGAAUGAUCUGUAUUCAUGUUUAGUUAUUUUUGACUCAGUACUAAAUAUUUCAAAAGGCUACUUAACAUGUAAGAUAUCAACUUCAACACUGUAAUAACAUAAACUGUGAAAAUAUUCCUAAAACACAACCAAAGGGUUUCAUAACUCUGCUUCAACUUCCAACAACUACAAAAAAUAUGCUUUUUAAAAUCAUGAAACGAGGAAAGCAAAACAUAUUUUUACAUCAAUUUGUAUUCUAUCAUACUUCAUACUAUAUAUUUGUAUAUUCAAAUUUCUACUUUAUAGGCCCAAGAUGCAUCUUUCUAUUUAUUUCAUUAUCAUUGCCAAGUGCCAAGAGUUAAACACGAUAAUUCCUUCUAUAAAAUCUGACCAGAGCUUUUGCCUUCUUUGGGUUAAUCCCCACUCCUAUUCUAUCAGUUGUUAUUCCAUAAUAGCAACAGUAAUAAUGACCUUAAUGUCCAAAGUGCUUUGUCAUUUAGAGUCCUUUUACAUAUGCAGUAUCAUGUGAUACUCAUAACCAUUUCAUUAGACUAUAGAUGGCACAUUCUGCCAUCUCUUUAGAGAUGAUACCUUAUUGCUUGUUUGUUCUGAUAUAGUCCAGAUUACUCUACUUGAUAAUAUUUGUAUAGAAUGGAAUUUAUGUAGACUAGUUACCAAUUUAUUUCAAUGCCAAAAACAAGAUGUUAUAUCAAGAUUAUGCAAAAAGGAUCAUAAAGAUGGUCUUGGCCAUAGACUAAGAUCCCUGUGAGAUGAAGUACUUUAAAUUUUUGUUUGUUAAUGGUUUUAUUUGGGUUGGGAAAAGCUAUGUAUUCAAAAACAAAUAGGAAGGAAUAAAAACAGAAGAAUAGUUUCCUGUCCCUAAUGUGAGAUGACUCAAGUCUCUCCAUAUUCAUGUGCAUAUUACGUAUUAGUGAAUUAAUCCAAAAAAAUCCACAUGGAAUGAUUCAACAAACACUAGGUGCAACUUAUACAGUCUUAGGGGCCAUGAAUAAUGAUGCAUUUUUACCUCAGGAACAUUUAUCAGGUCUUUACCAGUGCCAAGAAUCACAAUAAGUUGUCAUUAAAAUGUUGUGCAUUGGCUAAGAACCCUCUUCCUACUUUCUCAUGCCAUUUUGUUAACCUGGUGAAAGUGAUCAAGCCCCAGUUUCAUCACUGGAGAGAAUUGUUAUUCUUUCACUGUUUCUCUAUAUGAUUCCUUUCAGUUCUAUGAAUGUUAGUUUUCUGAGCUAAUGAUGGAAAUGCCUGCUCAAAGAAAAAAUAAAUAGAUACCAAUGUUAAUAUUGCAAAGUAGA